GACUGAGCCUCCCACCUACGUCAUCGCCCACCCCACACGACUGCAGCUCCCUCCCCCUCCCCAAAGCCCCGAGCCCGACACCGCGAGGCGGAGAUUCCCAGAUCGGCGGCGAUGCCCGCGCCGGCGGCGCUAGCCCUCGCGGCGGCCCUGCUGCUCGCCGCUGCGUCCAUCUGCGCGGAGGCCGUGUGGCUCGACAUGCCGCAGACCGGGACCAAGUGCGUGUCGGAGGAGAUCCAGGCCAACGUGGUGGUGCUCGCCGACUACGCCCUCAUGUACGAGUCCCACCCCUCCGCCCACCCCACCAUCGCCGUCAAGGUUACUUCACCAUAUGGGUACACCUUACAUGAAAGUGGAAACAUUACAGUUGGUCAAUUUGCAUUCACAACCUCGGAAGCUGGAAACUUCCUUGCCUGCUUCUGGAUAGAUAGUGCAGAGAAAGGAUCAGGCGUAUCUGUAAAUCUUGAUUGGAAGACUGGAAUUGCAACAAAGGAUUGGGAUGCUAUCGCUAAGAAGGAAAAAAUAGAGGGCGUAGAACUAGAGCUUAGGAAGCUUGAAGUGGCUGUACAGUCGAUUCAUCAGAACAUGGUAUACCUCAAAGCAAGGGAAGCGGAGAUGAGGGAGGUGAGCGAGAAAACAAACGGCAGGGUUGCUUGGUUCAGCAUCAUGUCGCUGGGCGUCUGCGUCGUGGUGUCGGUUUUGCAGUUCUGGCACCUUCAAGGGUACUUCAGGAAAAAGAAGCUCAUCUAGACUAAACCCGUUCGAUGUUGCGCAUUAGCCCAGAUUGUUGUUCACUUUGUGGGGGGGAAAGGUAGAGUUAUUUCUUCAUGUUUGGUUCGAACAUUUCACGCUAGUGGAGAACUCAUGGCAUGUACUGUACGCAAUGUAAUCAUGAUCCACUUUAGCCUUGUUGUAUUAUGGUUGGUUGGAGAGUGGAGGCAUGCCGAAGUA